AUGGGCAUCGACACUGAGGUUACCCAAAUCCACCUUUCCUUCCGUGCCGAAUACUUGCGCCGAUCAGCCGACGACUUUUACAAAUGGCAACUGUCCAACGACAAGAGGCCCGAGUUCACCCUGCAUGACGGCCCUCCGUACGCCAACGGAGGCCUUCACGUUGGCCAUGCAUUGAACAAGAUCCUGAAGGACAUGAUCAAUCGGGUGAAGGUCCAACAAGGCUACCGUAUACGUUACAGGCCCGGCUGGGAUUGCCAUGGUCUUCCCAUCGAGAUGAAGGCCGUCGGCACCUCCGGCGGCAAGGACAUGACUGCUACCGAGAUUCGCAAGGCUGCUAGGCAGCUCGCAUCCGCUACCGUGCUGGAGCAGAUGGACGGCUUCCGUUCAUAUGGCGUCAUGGCCGACUGGGAUGCACGAUGGACGACCAUGGAUCCCGACUUCGAGGUCAGACAGUUGCGUUUGUUCCAGCAGAUGGUCCGGCGAGGUCUCAUUUACCGCAAGAGCAAGCCCGUAUAUUGGUCGCCGUCGUCGAGAACCGCCUUGGCGGAAGCGGAGUUGGAGUACAAUGAGAACCAUAUUUCAACGGCGGCCUAUGUGAGAUAUCCCAUCAUCGGCAGUCCGUCGUUGGGCGAUUUCUCCGGCCAGCUCUAUGCCAUUGUCUGGACCACCACCCCCUGGACCCUCCCAGCGAACAGGGCCAUUGCUGUCCACGAGGAUCUCGAUUACGCCAUCAUAUCUGUCAACGGAAGCGCCUAUCUCACUGCGGUCAGCCGAUUGGAGGCAGUAAAGGCCCUCUUCAUGGAGGAGGAGCCCCGCGUCGUUGUGGCAUCCAUCAAAGGCUCUGAACUAAAGGGACUGAAGUACCACAACAGACUCCAGGGAGCACAAUCCGCCCCGCAGCCCGUUAUCCAUGCGGACUUCGUGUCUGCAGCUUCCGGAACUGGUCUCGUUCAUAUCGCUCCCGGUCAUGGUUUCGAGGACUACGAGGCGUGUGCAGAACUCGGCAUUGACGCUUUCGCGCCCAUAGAUGAUGAGGGAAACUUCACCCGGGAAGCUUUCCCUGAUGCCCCCGAAAAGCUGACCGAGGCUUCCUCCAUUCUCAAGGGUGGCAGCAAGGCUGUUCUCGCUCUGAUUGAAGACGAUGUAUUGAACGCCGCAAAGUACAAGCACAAGUACCCUUACGAUUGGCGGACGAAGCAGCCCGUUGUCAUGAGGUCCACGGCCCAAUGGUUUGCUGAUGUUGAUAGCAUCAAAGACGAUGCCAUCAACGCACUGAAAGAGGUCAAAUUCGUGCCGGCUUCUGGGCGCAAUCGCCUCGAGAGCUUCGUCGUUGGCCGCAGCGAGUGGUGCAUCUCGCGCCAGCGUGCUUGGGGCGUGCCUAUUCCUGCUCUGUACAAUGCUGAUGGAGACGCCGUGGUGACGGAGGAAUCCGUUGAUCACAUCAUCUCCGUCAUCCAGCAGCGCGGCAUCGAUGCGUGGUUCUCUGAUGCCCCUGACGAACCUGCCUGGGUCGCUCCAUCCCUCAAGGGGCAAUACCGCCGCGGCACUGAUACCAUGGAUGUCUGGUUUGACAGCGGCAGCAGUUGGACUGAAAGCAAUGGCCCAGCCGACGUCUACCUCGAAGGAUCGGACCAACAUCGUGGCUGGUUUCAGUCUAGUCUCUUGUCGUAUGUCGCCGCCCAAAGAGCUGAGAGUGACGGGGCAGCUCAGGUGCAGCCCAAGUCUCCGUUCAAGACACUGAUCACCCACGGUUUCACCUUGGACCAAGCUGGCAAAAAGAUGUCAAAGUCAAUUGGAAACACCAUCACGCCUACCCAGAUCAUGGAUGGCACCUUGUUGCCACCGAUUAAGGUCAGAGGCAAGGCCAAGGUGGCCGGUGCCGGUCCCACAUAUGAGGCUCUGGGUCCAGACGCGCUCCGUCUUUGGGCAGCCAGCUCCGAAUAUACCAAAGACGUUGCCAUUGGCCAAACAGUCCUAAAGUCCGUUCAUACAAUGAUGGUCAAGUACCGCACCAUCAUCAAGAUGCUGACCGGCUCGAUGCACGAGUCAGCCCGCACCGCCCCGACGACAACCCUUGACCACAUCGCUCUCGUCCAGCUCAAGGACGUCACGGAGGAGGUCAACAAGGCAUUCGCCGCACACGAGUUUUACAAGGCUUUCAACGCCUUGAACCGCUGGGUUGCCAACGACUUGUCGGCCUUUUAUCUGGAGGCAAUGAAAGAUCGCCUCUAUUGUGGCGAUGGUGGCGGCGUCUUGGAGCCCAUCUUCUUGGGCUUCCUCCGGAUGCUGUCGCCCAUGACCCCUCUUCUGGUUGAGGAAGCAUGGGACCAUCGUCCCGAGUACAUGAAGGCUGACAAAUCUCUCCUUCACCCUCUGUACACCCCCCAUGACGCCCCAGCCCACGACCGAGCCCCUUCGACCAUCGGAGAGGCGUCCCUCCGCAAAGACCUUCCAGUCCUCAUGUCUGUUUCCAGCGCUGUAAAGGCAGCUCUUGAAAAGGGCCGCUUGGCCAAGGUCCUCGGCUCUUCGCUGCAGUCGUCGGUCAUCGUGACUACCGAGGACCAGGCGGUUGCCGGCGUUUUGAGCAAGUACGGUGACGAGUUGGAGGCCAUGUUCGUCGUGUCGUCCGUGGAGACGAACACGGACGUUCCGUCUGAGAGCGAGUGGCGCUACGAUGAGGUGUUUGAAGUCAACGGCGCAAAGGGAACUGUCUCGGUUCUGCCCCCAAGGGGCACAAGUGCUCUCGCUGCUGGCGGUACAUCGCGCCGAAGGAGGACGCCUUGUGCGGUCGUUGUGAGGAUGUCGUGUCGACCUUGUAAGAAUAGAUGGGCUCGUGUAUAG